CUCUCUCUCUCUCUCUAUAUCUGCCGCUACUAAUUUUCAAUUCCAAUUUCCCACCGAUUCUCUGCUCUAACUUCCACAUACACUCUCUAUCCACUUCUCUCAUUUCCUUUCCUUAUUUUACACUCUGAAACAAACCUCCCCCCUCUCUCUCUCUUUGCGCCACCGCCCUUAUCUGUCUUCUAUAAGCUGUAAACACCGCCAUAGCACAAUUUCUAUAAAAGAGCUCGAUCCAUUACCUUUGCAAAACCGGAUCCUUCGCGAGGCACCGAAGUGGAUCCCUGUAAAAAGGUUCCGAUUGUAUUCAAUAUUCGAUAACUGUAUCUGGUUCUUAGGUUUUGUUUUCUUUGGAUCAGAUUAAUUUUCACGCGUUUCCACGGUCAAACAGGUGUUUUUAUUUAUUUGUUUAUUUUCUUAGUUCGUUGGAUUAUCGUGACCUAAGCUUUUGAGAGGAAGAGGAAGAGAAAGAUUUAGAACAGUUAGAAGCAAGAGCGAGUGCCCGUGCGGGUUUCUGUUGGUUGCUGUCGUGAAGUCCGUGUUGCAGAAAGAGAAAAAAGAAAAAUGCCUCAUCGGACGACUUACUUCUUUCCAAGGCAAUUUCCGGAUCGGUCGUCUGGAUUCGAUGCAUCUUCUACUAAACAGUUGUUAGAUCACGAGAAGAAGAAACUAAUCAAAGACACUUUUAACAUAGAUAACGACCUCCCUCGAAAAGACUUUAGUAGGAGUAGCAGUAGUAAUAGUACAGCUGGAAAUGGGAAUAUCACAUCUCAAAUCCAAACUACUUCGAGUCCAACAACAACUGCUACUGCACAAACUCCAGCGUUCGAUCUUUUCACGAGCAGCGAUGAUGAGAAGUAUCACCAAAAGGAGAAAAAGCAAUUUGGUGAAGAUGACAAGCUACAGAAGAAGAAGAAACAACUUGCUGCUUUUUAUGAUUGGCUUGCCGAGAAAAAGGCGGAGAAGAGAUCAGUUAUUAGUCACGUGAAGUUGCAAAGGUUAUCAUCCUAUGAUGACGAUGAAGAUCGUCACCUUUUACUCACACCCGAACCACCUCCAGCUCCAGAGCCAGAGAUUAUUGGUGAGAUAGUCCCGGAGAUAGUUCCAGAGGUUAGGGAUGUCGACCGAAAGUUUGACCGUCAGGUUUCUUUACCGAGAUUAUCAAGCGGGAGUAGUUAUGCUGGUAGCUUGUUUUCUGGAACUACACUGGACGGGAACUUUCUGAGUGAGAUAAAGGAAAGUGUUCGGCAGGAUGAGGAGGUUGAGGAGGAAAAGAAGAAAGAUGAUGAGAAGGUAGCGCAAAGGACAAGAGAAACUUACUAUUUGCAGCUUGCUUUAGCUAGAAGGCUUAGUUUCCAAUCUGGUCUUGCUAGUGAGAUUGUUCUUUUGCAAGAAGGACCCGAGUUCCCUGAUGCUGAAACGGUUUCCUAUCGUCUUUGGGUUACUGGAUGCUUGUCGUACAGUGACAGAAUAUCGGAUGGAUUUUAUAACAUUCUUGGAAUGAAUCCAUAUCUGUGGCUUAUGUGCAAUGAUGAAGAGGAAGGAAGACGGUUGCCGCCUUUAAUGUCGCUUAAAGAAAUUGAACCUAGUGACACAUCAAUGGAGGUGGUUCUUGUUGAUGGCCUUGGCGAUUCUCGCCUUAAGGAGCUCGAGGAUAAAGCUCAUGAACUCUAUUGUGCAUCAGAAAAUACGUUGGUGUUAGUGGAGAAAUUGGGAAAGCUCGUUGCUGUUUGCAUGGGGGGGACUUUUCCGGUGGAGCAAGGUGAUCUUCAUAAACGCUGGAAAAUAGUCAGCAAGAGAUUAAGGGAGUUUCACAAGUGUAUUGUUCUCCCCAUUGGCAGCCUUUCCAUGGGACUCUGCAGGCAUCGUGCAAUUCUAUUCAAGAAAUUGGCAGACUAUAUAGGUUUGCCAUGCCGGAUAGCUCGAGGUUGCAGAUAUUGUGUAGCAGAUCACCGUUCGUCUUGCCUAGUCAAAAUUGAGGAUGACAAACAGUUGUCAAGGGAAUAUGUGGUUGAUCUAGUAGGCCAGCCAGGAAAUAUACAUGGCCCAGAUUCCACAAUCAAUGGAGGGUUCAUACCUUCAAUUCCUUCACCAUUUAAAAUUUCCCAUCUGAAAGAUUUCCAACAUCCUUGCAUGGACGACACACCUCGUCAGAUUUCAGUAUCAAAGCAAUUGUGUGCUGUUCCUGUAAAUCCUUAUUCAGGCAGGGAAGAAGGCCGACAAUCAAUGGGGAAUCUCAAGUUGUCCACUUACGUUUCAGCUGAUCAGGCUACUCUUGGGAAUGAUUCAUCUCUGGUUCCUUUGGAUUUAACAAGGAGUGCCGAAUCUCUUGAUGUAUCAGGGCUAUCUAUACACGAGCGUUCUGACCUUGAAGUAGAACAAGUAGUAAUACAACAAACUUACAGAAAAGAGAUUGUAAUGUCUGGAAAUCCUAGUGUUCUCAAGCGAACUGAAGUGAACUUGUCAUGUCAGUCCAACAAGAGGGAGGUAGAUAGUAAGCUUGACGGUCAAAGCAAGUUACCUGCUCUGUCCAUCCCGAGAUAUUUGAAUCUUGAACCUUCACUUGCUAUGGACUGGCUUGAGAUCUCAUGGGAUGAAUUACAUAUCAAGGAGCGUGUUGGUGCCGGUUCAUUUGGAACGGUGCAUCGAGCUGAAUGGCAUGGAUCGGAUGUUGCUGUCAAGGUUUUAUCUGUUCAAGAUUUUCACGAUGAUCAGUUGAGGGAGUUCUUAAGAGAGGUUGCAAUUAUGAAACGUGUCCGCCAUCCAAAUGUGGUCCUGUUCAUGGGUGCCGUUACAAAGCGUCCUCAUCUGUCAAUAGUGACAGAAUACCUGCCCAGGGGUAGUUUAUACCGCCUCAUACACAGGCCAACUGCUGGAGAAAUGUUGGACCAAAGGAGGCGGUUACGCAUGGCCUUGGAUGUGGCGAAGGGCAUCAAUUAUCUACAUUGUCUGAGCCCUCCCAUAGUUCAUUGGGACCUUAAAUCUCCGAAUCUGUUGGUUGAUAAAAAUUGGACAGUGAAGGUGUGUGAUUUUGGAUUAUCUAGAUUUAAAGCAAACACAUUUUUAUCAUCAAAAUCAGUUGCUGGAACACCUGAGUGGAUGGCUCCAGAAUUCCUUCGUGGCGAGCCCUCGAAUGAAAAAUCAGAUGUCUAUAGUUUUGGAGUCAUCCUAUGGGAGCUGGUAACCAUGCAACAACCUUGGAAUGGGCUUAGUCCUGCACAGGUGGUUGGAGCUGUAGCCUUCCAGAACAGAAGGCUUACUAUACCGCAAAACACCUCUCCUGCGCUGGUUUCUCUCAUGGAAUCUUGCUGGGCCGAUGAUCCAGCUCAGCGCCCAUCUUUUGGUAAAAUAGUAGAGUCGCUGAAGAAGUUGCUGAAGUCUCCACUCCAGUUGUUACAGAUGGGUGGAAAAUGACGAGUACUUUCCACCGGGAUGGAGGACUCCGGGGAUCUUAAUUCAAUUUGUAACACCAGUAAAAAUCAUACGCCUCUAAAGCAAUGUACUACUAACAGGACCCCUUUUUUGGGUUCCAGGCAACUGUAGAUUUGUUGCUCACGAUCUAACCCGAUUUGAAAGGCACUGAAACUCGGGAAAGCGGAGACCUGCUGCUGUUUAAAGUUGGCAGAGAAGUAGCUUGCAUCUCUGUAUAGGUUUUCUAUAAGGUAGCCUUUCUCAGUGUUAUAAAAUUUCAGAGCCUCAUCGAGAAUGUAAUUUUGUUUUAAAUUAAAGUGACGCUGUAAUAUUGGGCUUUAAUGAGAGAAGCUUCCUCAAUUUGUUCAUACAGUUGCAUGAUGAUGUAAUAAUAGAAUCAAGCUCCUGGUUCUCUGUA